AUGCGCAGUUUUGAAACAAUGGGAGAUUUAAAGGAUUCUCUUGAAAAAUGGCCUGCACAUGCUCUUGGAAGGUCAUAUGCCACAUCCAAUGCAUGCGUUUCAGACAGCAAAUUAAUUUCAUUGACAGAACUUGAAACUGGAAUUCCUAAUAUUGUCCCUAAACCGAAGUUUCUUGAUGGUCUUGAAAACAAAAUACACUGUGAAUUGAAAACGUUGCUGUCAGAUGACAGGGAUCUCAGGUUUCAAAUUUUCCGAGAAGCGUUUCUGUCAUUUAUCCACGAGUUUAAGACAUACAAAUCUUUCCUUUCAACCAUACACAAAGAAUACGAAGAGUAUAUAAAUUUUUACAAAGCUGAGGCACAAAAACUCAGACCAGUAAAGGAAUACCUCUGGACAAUUUCCCAAGAAUGUGAUGAACGUAUUUUGAAAAUUCAAAAUCGAGAAAGACCGGAACUCAGUAGUUUGAAAAGAGAAAUCAUAAGGUUGAGAGACAUAGUUUCUCAAUUGAAGGAGGAUAAGAUUAGUCUAGAAACUCAGGUAGAGCAUUUAACUCAAUCAGUUAAAGAAGAACAUGAUAAAUUUAGAUUUGAAUCAGAUGCAAAACUUUUAUUAAUAUCAGAAAUGAAUGCAAUGAAAGCACAGUUUGAUGAAAUGGAGGGGUCAUCUAAGCAAACACAGAGCAACCAACAUGAUGACCCAGUGUUGUUGAGAAUCGCACUAGAACAAGCAAGAAAAGCUCAGUCAGCUUCUGAAUUUGAAGCGAUUCAAUUAAAAUCUGAAUAUGUAGAUGUGAUGCCCAAAAGUCGAUAUAAUGCGUUACUGGAAGCAAAUAAUAAAUUAAAAGACGAUUAUGACAUACAAAUUCAACAAAAUGAAGAAUUGAAUGAAUCCUUAGAACUAUUAAAAAAUCAAUUAAAUGAAGUGAUGAAACAACGUGACCAGUCAGAUAUAACAGUUCAACAAUUACAAAGAGUAUCAACACCUAGACCAGAUUGGAAUGAAGUUGGACGUAAAUUUCCCGGCGGUUUAACUCGAUGGCUAGAAGAAACUGUAUCAAUGUCAUCACAAGAAAAAAUGCAUUUUCUUGUCAAUCAGUUGACAGCACAAGAUUCGGAAAAAAUUAAUUUCAAUUUAAAUGCAUACAUAAAGGAAGAACUGAAUUACAUUCCAGCAUUUUUACAAACAACUGAAGUAGAUUUUAAAGUUUCCCGACCAAUCUAUCUUCGAGAUUGUUUAUUAUUAACACAUGAAAUAUGGACAGCUAGAAAGAAUGAAAAAGAUUCAGCAAAAAUGAAACCACAAUCGAAAUCACCAUCAGGCAGUGGUGGUAUUCAAUCUGCUGUCAAAUCAUUUGAUGAAUUUCUAUGUAAUUUCUUUCAACAAACUUAUGGUGGUAUUGAACAAAUACGCAUUGAAUGGGCAUAUGGAUUUUAUGAAAUAUUAAUUAAAGAAAAAAAUAAUUAUAAAUUGACAGAAUUAAAAAUGAUCAUUGAAAAUAAAAUGGAUGAAGAAUGUCAUUGGCAUUUGGAAUCAUGGAUACAAUGGAUUAAAGAGCAAAUACUAAUAUUUAUUGAUAAUAAUUCAGUUACAAUGCCGACCAGUGAAAGUAAACAAACGAUAAUUUUAAAACAAACUUUACAUGAAGCACUGUUGAAUAUAUUUAGUCAGCAGAAUUUGAGUAAUUUAAAUACUAUAAUUCAGUCAGCUGAAGAAUACGCAAGUUUACUAUUAAAAGAUUCAUCAUUACCAAGCAUGGAUGAAGGCGAAACCAAGGAAGAUGAUGGUAUACAAACUAACGUACAAGAUAUGCUUGAUUUCAAUAAAUUAUUCAAUAAUGCAUAUGAUGAAGAUUUUAAUCCAUUCUUAAAAGAAUUAAUUUCAAUCUAUGCACAGUUGAAAACAACAUUUAUUAAUGGAAUCAUCAUUGAGCUUCAAAAAUCAGAUGGAGUACAAACCAGUAAUGUAACAUCAGUUCAAGUAAGGCGUGCAGUCGAAUCCAUAGCUCCAUCCACUGCAGUCACUUUGAAUGUCAAACCGAAAAAUGAGAAAACUGUGGCAGCACAACAACAGCCUACACUAUCGAUCGAUAUUGAAUCAAGUUUAGAAUGGUUGUUUAGAAUUAAUCCAAAUGAUUCACCGUUACAAUCUGUUGCAUUGAAUCGAUUAAUACCACGUCUUGAAGGAUGCAAUCUUUUUCGUAUUAACUAGUACGCGAAUUUAGAAUUUCAUGUUUUCCUCAUUUCUCUUAUAAUAAACUACAUUCU